AUGCUCUCGCGGAGAGUCAGAUACGCCAUGGCUCAUUUAUCGCGCAAGGAGCACACCGCGCUGUUGGCUCGCCCGAACUGGAGGAGGCUCCGCAGAUUCGACAUGAACCUCCUGGCGAAACCCUUUAGUGUUCGGCGCGCGGCUCUGCGGGGCCGCGCCUCCAAGCGCAUCCGGGUUAUGGCGCAACCAAAAUUCGUAACUAAGAAAUACGACCCCGCAGCGCCGCCGCCUCCUUACGUAUUACCCCAGCGUAUUCACCCGAAGACGCUCGCGGCUAAGAGCAGCAGACGUAUCGUCGAGCUGGCGUUGCCCCGAAAAAGGAAUCUGCUGGGAGCGAUGCAAUUGGUUCGUACGAAAAGCAUGAAGGCAACCGUGAGCGAUCUGCUGCUGAAGGUUCGAAAGUCACGAUACCAGCGGUAUCGCGUAUUCUGCAACGCGCGUCAAGCACGAGAAGCCAAGAAAAAGAGAAGACUAAUGGCCAAGCUGCGCAAGGCGCUCACCAAACCGGAAGACUGGCAGAGACACAUGCGGGUGUUGGAGAAACUAGCCGCGCCAAAGGUCGUGAGGCCCAAAAAGAAGCCGAUAAAGAAAAGAAAGUGGCGGCCGUUCGAUUCGGAGCGACUGGAGGCAUUGGCGCAGCCGAUAGUCCGAGUACAGCCGAAAGCCAAGGAGCCUUUAGAAGUGCCGCCGAAGGCGCUCACUUACAAGAUCACCAAGCGCAUGGAACAACUCAGGAUUGCGAGGCAUCGACCGGAGAUCCCGCUGCGCACACCGGGCGCCGUUACACCGGCCGCAACGCGAGCCACCGCUUCCCAGAGAAUAAUCGCUUUGGCGAAGCCGGUGUUGCGUCCGGUGGGCAAGGAGAGGGAUUUCAGGGAGGACGCCUUCACCGUGUCGCCGACAGCGUUAAAGGCGAGAUGCUCCAGGCGUAUCAAGCGACUGGCCAAACCGAAGACUUACCCAAAGCCCACCUUCAAAAUACCGAAGCCACCGCGCGCUGGGCGCAAACGGUGA